UUUCUAUGAUAAAAAACUGUCAAUUGUCAAGAGUCAAAAUCAAAUUUUACAAGUAAUUCAACAAAUUGACCGAUUUGUUGAUGUGAUAAUUUUAUUUCUAAUUCUCUUUCAAUAGUUAUUCUGAUAUUGGGUGAUCAAAAACUUAGCCAAAAUGAGUAUUAUGGCAUACAACGGUGGGGCUAUGCUAGCCAUGAAAGGGGACGGCUGUGUGUCCAUAGCUGCUGAUAAGCGUUACGGUAUUCAAAUGCAGACAGUCAGUACAAAUUUCCAAAAAAUCUUCGAAAUGGGACCCCACCUUUACGUAGGUUUACCUGGCUUAGCUACAGACACCCAAACGGUGAUGGAAAAGCUUAGAUUCAGGAAGAAUAUUUAUGAACUGAAAGAAAACAGGAGAAUAUCCCCCAAAGUGAUGGCUUCUAUGAUAUCCAAUAUGUUGUAUGAGAAGAGAUUUGGUCCCUUCUUUGUUGAACCCAUUGUCGCAGGAUUGGAUCCAGUAACAUACGAUCCCUUCAUAUGUAACAUGGACUUAAUAGGCUGUAUCAAUAAGCCUGAAGAAUUCGUAGUUGGAGGAACAGCCAGUGCACAGCUGUACGGUAUGUGUGAAUCUGUUUGGGAACCAAAUUUAGGGCCAGACGAUCUCUUUGAAACUACUGCACAAGCUUUAAUGAAUGCAUUCGACAGGGAUGCUAUCUCAGGUUGGGGUGCCACUGUUUAUAUUAUAGAAAAAGAUAAGGUCACAAUUAAGGAAUUAAAAACACGUAUGGAUUGAAUAUUUAGACUUAAGGUUAUUAUUAUCAAUUUUUCUUACGAAUAAAGAAAUUUUUAACAUCAA